GUUCGAAAACAACUUUAAAUUUUAAAAAUAUCAUUAUAGAUUGAAAAUACAUCAUACGUUUUUUGGAUUGGGAUUCGGUCCGGCCCAUUAAACUUAUGUGCCGACCAUUGUUGGCAGAGUAUUCCGGUUAACCUCCAAACUAAGGGGAUGAUUGGAAUGAGCUGUAGCUUUAUAUUUUUGCUUUAGAAAUAAAUCUGUAGAUUUUUUUUGCAGUGGCUGUAGAUUAUUUUGCUGUAGAAUAUUAGCUGUACGUUUAAAAAGAUUCAAAGACUUACAUAUAAAUUUUCUAAAGUAAAAAAUAAGUGCUCUAGAUUUAUGGCUUUCCAUGGCUAAAAAUAAAUAAAAAGGAAAGAAAAAUCUGUAUCUUCAAAAAAUCUUUACAAAGCAUGAUUGACAAAAUUUUGGACCGUAGAAAUAAUUUAGGCUGUAGAGAGAUCUUACCGGACUUCUAAAACACUUGCCAAUCAACCCCUAAGCCUAAGUACAUUGAUGUUAUAUAACGAACGAAUAAAGCCACUUCAAAAAACCUAUAAAUACUCCUAAGGAAAGCUCAUCAAUCCAAACAACAAUGUUAGUAGCAACAAUGAUGAAACCUAUUCUCCUACUUCUCCCAUCAAUCCUCACCGUUAAUCCCCCACUCCCAUCGCCAGACGGCUCAGAUUUCAUCCGUACGAGUUGCAACAGCACACUUUACCCCGACCUAUGCUUCUCAUCUCUCUCCACUUUUGCCAACUCCAUCCACAACGACUCAAACCGUCUCGCACGCGUAGCCAUCUCUCUCACUCUCUCCGACACUCUCCACCUUGUCUCCCACCUCCAAAACGCUUACGGCAACUGCGUUGACCAUGGUUGUGAUGGCCCAACCGCUGCUAUCAUAAAGGACUGUUCUGAUAAUCUUAAGGAUGCUGUCGACGAGAUGAGAGACUCGAUGAAGCAGAUGAAGGAGCUUGUUUCCACGGGCUCGGUCCAGUCCUUUAGGUUCCAGAUGAGUAACGUCAAGACUUGGCUCAGCGCAGCUCUCACUAACCAGUAUACUUGUACGGACGGAUUCGAGGACUUCCACGAGAAUGGCUCCAUCAAAGAUGACGUAUCCUCCUCACGGGUGGACGACGUUAAGAAGCUGACUAGCAUUGCGCUUGCUUUAGUUAAUCGCUACGCCGACAAGGCAAUACCUUAAUAAUUCAUCGAUCAAGUCUUUCUUUCUCUUGAAUAAAUGAGCUUUAUACAUAAAAUAAAUAUGUCAAUGAUAUAAUUCGGGACAAAUCUUCAAAAUAACACAUUUCUAAGUUUAUGUCACAAAAAUAGUCCUCAAAAACUAAAAUGACCAAAAUAGCAUUUUAUCUUUUGAAAAAUGUAAUUUUUUUUUAUUUUUCAAAAUUUGAAAUCUUAUC